UAGGCAUUGAAGGUUGUUGCGAUCGCGCGCAAACUUACCGCGAUACAACACCAAUUUUUGAAACAUUGAGCAACUGCAUCAGCAAGUUCUCACAAAUACCGCCAAUAUGUCGAACAAACAAGGAAAGAUGGCCGGUUACAUCAACUGGCGCAUGCGAGUCACCCUCAACGAUGGACGAGCAAUGACCGGUCAGAUGCUGGCUUUCGACAAGCACAUGAACCUCGUCCUUGCCGAUACCGAAGAGUUCCGACGCGUCAAGCGCAAGCAGAACAAGCCCGCUGCCCCUGGCGCAAGCGGCUCGGGUUCCCUCGUCGAGUCCGAGGAGAAGCGAACACUCGGUCUCACAAUCGUCCGAGGCGCUCACAUCAUCUCCCUCUCCGUUGAGUCGCCUCCUCCUGCUGACCCCAGCGCCCGACUUGGAAAGAGUGCUCCUGGCGGUAUCUCCUCUGCUCUGGCUGCUGGUCCCGGUGUUGCCCGACCUGCUGGCCGAGGAGCUGCCCCUCCCUCUCUGGCUGGUCCUGCCGCUGGUGUUGGUGGCAUUCCCCCUCCUGGCUUCCCCGGUUUCCCUGGAGGUGCUCCUGGCUUCCCAGGUCCUGGUGGUCGUGGUGCUCCUCCUCCCGGCUUCCCUGGAAACUUCCCUCCUCCAGCUGGCUUCCCCGGAGGCGCUCAGUUCCCUCCUCCCGGUUUCAACCCUGGUGGUCCCCCACCUCCUGGAUUUCAGCCUCCCCCCCGAAGAUAGGUUAUGUAGACGCUGGAUAACUAGGGUAAUUCAACUGGUCCGAAAAGAAGCUACGAUGUCGGUUACAAGACUGAGAAUGUCUUACCUGUUCGCCAAACCGCAGGACCAUGGAUGCCGGAAGCAAAUGUCGAUAUUUUGAGUUUGGGUCAUACAAAAAAUAACUUUAUUACGGAGCACUUGAGGCGCAUGAUGGUGCAUUGGACUAGAAGUGGUUUGCGUUUUUAGGGUAAUCAGCCGCUUUAAAGGCUAUGAAUUGAUGGUGUUGAAAUAUCAUGGUGCAUUCGUUGCCACAAUAGCGUACAAAAGUUCAAGUUAAAAUUGGAGAGUU